UUCCAUUCGUGAAAUGAAUUUCUGCACCGCAUUAUCUGUUUUUCUGUUAGGUUUGAUUGCCAUCGUCAGUGCUGGUACUCUGAGAAGUGAGAAUGUAACCAAAGGUAUCCUCGAUCAUAGGAUUAAGGAAUUAAUCGAACUGUUCAAAUCCUUGAUGCCCUGUGGAAUUCCGAACUUAGGAAUACCUGUCUUGGCGCCGUUAAAGCUUGACCACAUUUCCUUCAACUUUGAACAGUCAGGACUACUUUCUUUGAAAGCCGAACUUAAUAAUCUUCUGGUUGAAGAUUUGAACAAAUUCGACACAGUCAAUGUUGAUUUGAAGAUACUGCAGAUGCAGCUAGAUUUCAGUUUAUUUUUCAAUGCAAUCAAGGUCACCGGUGAAUAUAAAGCCCAAGGAUCUGCCAUUGGGUUGAUUCCAUUCAACAGAGGAGGAAAAGUUGCUUUUAACUUAAAUGGUCUCACCCUUGACGGAUCGAUCAAGGUUAAAUUAGAUGGCGAUAAAAUCUUACUCAAGGAGUUAAAACAGCGACCCACGGUGAUGUCUGUGAAUUCAAAGUUCGAAGGGGCAUUCCUACUACCAAUGAAUACUUUUAUUUUCAACAAAAUCGUGGAAACGGCCCUGCCAAAGUUCUUGAGAGACAACGAAGAGCUGGUGUCAUCAUUCUUGGAGGACAUGAUUAAACCACAGAUGAACAAAAUACUGCAAGAUUACACACUAAAAAACCUGACGGAUUUGUUAGGGAACUCAACCAGUUCAGCACUGCCGGGAAGCUGCUAA